AAUACGUGACAACAGCAAUCUCUCUCACUCUGUUACAAUUAAGAAUAUUAUAUGUUAUAAAAUAAAUAUCAAACUGUUUUUUAAUUUGUUGAUACAAGGACUCUGGGUGACAUAGAGACUACGAGCUGCUAAAUAAAGAUAUUUUUGGCCAAUUAUAAAAUGGCCCCUACAAAAUCAUUGGUCAAUGAAAAUAGACAAACAACAAAUGCAGUUAUUGGAGUUAGAAAAGGCAUAACAACAAGAAAUCAAAAAUCAUUGGCCAAUCAUGUUGGUAAUGUUGAUGUUAAACAACAGGCUAUUAUUACAAGAGAAACUAGAAUCAAAAGAAAAGCUGACACAUCACCAGUCAAAGGAAAAACAAUAAAACGUUCAGCUUUGGGAAAUAUAACAAAUGCAAUUGCAAAACCAUUUGGUGUUAAUUUACAAGAUCCAAAGAAGGCUGUUGCCAAAAAAUCUCAAAUACCAUCAAAAGCAGUACCAAUUACAAAAACAGUUACAUCAAUAACAACAAGAGCAUCACAAAUUGUAACACGUGCUACAAAAGUAUCUAAAAAAGAUGAUGAAAUUAUUAAACCAGUUGAUGUUGUACCAGCACCAGCACCACCACCACCAACUAGACAUAUUACAACAAGACGUAGUGCUGGUUUAAUUGAAUUGGAAAAAUCAAAUGACAGUUCAUUGUAUGUUAGUGCAUUGGAAGAUAUUGCUGAAGAAGCAUCUAAAAAAGAUGAUAAAAUAAUUAAGCCAAUUGAUAAAAAUGAUAAUGUAACAGAGCCUGAAACAACAAAUGCAUCAUCAGUUAUUCCUGGACAACUGACUGUACAAAAAUUAGAUGGUACACCAAAAAGAAAGCUACCAGAUGGUGUACAGCAUGAUUUUGAUGCUGAAAAUUGGCGAGAUCCAUAUCAAGUAUCACAAUAUGCUAUGGAAAUAUUUGAAUAUUUAAAAAGUCGAGAGUCACUAUUUCCAAUUGGUGAUUAUAUGGAAAAACAAGUAUGUUUAUCAACUUGGAUGAGAUCAUUGUUGGUUGAUUGGAUGGUAGAAGUACAAGAAUCAUUUGAACUUAAUCAUGAAACAUUGUAUUUAGCUGUUAAAUUAGUAGAUUUAUAUUUGACUAAAGUUACUGUUGGUAAAGAAACAUUGCAACUUCUUGGUGCUGCUAGUUUAUUUAUUGCCAGUAAAUUUGACGAAAGAAUACCACCAAUGGUAGAAGAUUUUUUGUAUAUAUGUGAUGGUGCAUAUAGUCAACAUGAGCUUAUACGAAUGGAAAUGAAUGUUCUUAAAGUUGUUGAUUUCGAUCUUGGUAUACCAUUGUCAUACAGAUUUCUCAGACGUUAUGCAAGGUGUGUUAAAGUAUCAAUGCCAACAUUGACAUUGGCACGUUAUAUUUUGGAAUAUUCAUUGAUGGAUUACACAACAAUAUCAUUCAGUGAUAGUAAAAUUGCAUCUGCUGCUCUUUUAUUGGCAUUACAAAUGAAAGAUCUUGGUGAUUGGACUCCAACACUUGAGUAUUAUACUGGAUAUAAAAUUCAGGAUAUUAGACCUAUUGUGUUGGCACUCAAUGAAGGACUUCACAAGAAACAAAAAGAUGCACUUGCAACUGUUAGAAAUAAAUACAGCCACAAGAUAUUCUUUGAGGUAGCCAAAGUUCCAUUGAAAGAAAUCUUGAACAUAUAGUCAAUUUUUAAUCAACUAGAUCACUAAUUUAAUUCAUAAGUAAUUGGAAGACAACUUUUUUGUUUUUUUUUUUUUUACAAAUAAUCAAAUUGAUGAUUUUAAAAAAUUUUAAAAAGCAAACAAACGAAAUAAAAUAAUUUAAUUUAAAAAGUUAUCAACAACUAAUGACCAAUUCGACUUUGUUGAUUAUAACGAUAAUUAUUUUAUGGACAUAUAUUUGAUUGCAAGAUGAAAGAAAAAAAAAAUAAACAAUUAGGAAAAUGACAAGAAGAAAAAGAUAUUUAAAAUUCUUAUGAAUCGAUUUUGAUACGAGUAGACAUGACAAGUAUAUGAGAUACUGGUUUUAUAAUAACCAGUUUUAUUUUCGAAUUUAUUUAUAUAUUAAAAUGAUAAUCUUUUUUUUUUUUUAAACGAAUUUAUCUUGCAAGAUAAUAAACUCUGCUCAGUAUUUAUAAGCUAUUAUUAUUU